AUGAAUCCACCACAAGCAACCUCCCUUCUCUUCUUCUCCAUUACCUUCUUCUUGGAUUAUUAUGUCUCUGCUCAACCUCCUCCUCCUCCUCUGUACCCAACCAACGACCUCUUCAGGCCAACCUUAAUCAUCACCAUCGGAGUUUUCUCCAUCGUCUUCACACUCACCUUCUCCCUCCUCGUCUACGCCAAAUGCUUCCACAACAGCCUCCGAUCAGAGACCGACGAAGAAGGAGACAUAGGAAGACUCGAUCGUCUCUGGCAAGGACUCUUCAAUCAAUCAUCUUCUCGAUUAUUCACAGGUCUCAACAAAACAGCAAUCGAGUCUCUCCCCUUUUUCAGAUUCUCUGCUUUGAAAGGAUCCAAACAAGGGCUUGAGUGUUCUGUCUGUUUGUCUAAAUUCGAAGACGUUGAGAUUCUUAGGCUUUUGCCUAAAUGCAAACACGCUUUUCAUAUCGAGUGUAUUGAUGAGUGGCUUGAGCAGCACGCUACGUGUCCCUUGUGUAGAAACAGAGUUUGUAUUGACGACGAGCUCUCUGUUUUCUCUGUUUUGGGUUGUAGUAGCAGUAGCCUGAGAAUCAUGAGCCAGUUGCCUGAGACAAGAGAAGAAGACUCGAGCAUGGAGAUUUACAUCGAACGCGAUGAAGGAGGAGUUAGUGAUGGCUCUUCGAGGUUCAGCAGCUUCAGGAAGAUUCUCAAGUUUGGUAAAAAUGAUAAAACGGUGUCGCUUGUGGAUCAAGGAAACGAGAAACGUAUGCACAAGUUCAAUCACAGGAUUGUUGUUUCAGAUGCUGUGUUUAAGAACCGUUGGAGUAAUGUGACUCCAUCGGAUUUGACUCGUUUGACAUCGGGCAUGUUGAAUUCCAUGUCGAGCGAAGGGUUCGCGUCCAUGGAUCGAGUGCAGAGAGGUGACGUGCGGGACAAGGAAGAUAUCGAGAUGAAGAGGAUGGUGAAGAACAAAGAUUCAACGAGGAGAGCGGUUUCUGAGAUCACUGCUGUUCCUAGACAAUGCGUUUUGGAAGUUACAACAGCGACUAGAGAAAACGCGGUUGGAGAAAACGACAGUGGUUUGGCCGCGUCUACCGCUUCCACGUCGGCGACGGAGGAAAGAAGACGACAAUUAUGGUUGCCUAUAGCUCGAAAAACGGCUCAUUGGUUCGUUAACAGAGAGAAGAAAAAUGAACUAAACACGACAGAAUCUUAA